GCGAUAGCUGGCGUUGAGUACGCAAAGCGACGUAUCCUUUUCGGGAUGAUUUCUACCUAAAAAGGCAAAACUACCACUCCAGCGCUUCAGGCAUUUCUUUGCCUUACACCGUGACAUCCAUGGCUUGGCUUCCCUCGAAUUUCCAAUGCAAUUACGAACGCACCAGAGCGAUCUUUGACUGCCUCAUGCUCAGGAACAAGUCGUCUAGAUGUUGUAUCAGAUGAGAGAGUAAGGAGUCCUCUGGAGAGAAGCGAGCCGAUAUUGUCACUGGAGCCAUGCCGUGCGGAAUAACCAAGGUGCAAGCUUCGCAUAGGACGAUAAAAAAUACAAACCACCCAAGAAAUUGACCUCGUAUUUCGACAGACCAAGAUAAAGGGGAAUGUGGGGCUAUGUUGCCGCCUUUGAUGCAUUUAUCUCAGGGUUAUUUCAUUCAUUCAUCAUGUCUGACCUCAGAACCGCCCUACUGCGAGCCAAAUCAAACUUUGCGGCUUCGCAUGAAUCCGAUCCUCCGACAUCCUGCCGCUCACGCGCUGAUUGCAGCCACAAGCGAUGACUCACAAAGCGUCUCGUAUGUUUUUCGCGCCUGCGUGUCAUUGGUUGCCACGACAUGCUAUCCUGAGAUGCCGGAUAUAUCAGCUGGGCCCGUCUGUAGUAGAAGUUCAACUAGUCUUAUUUUGCGCUAGGUGCGGGUGAUGUAUCAGCUUAAGAAACCUAAAAUAUACCGCUCAUGGACUCAGGACGCGUUGUCGUUUGUCCUUCACAUCCGCAGUGCUAGCCAGCCUGAGGAUCCAUGGCAUCCAUUAAAAGGUACCCGGAGUCCUUGUCGGGAUCCUCCAGCCAAGCAUAUGCGACGACCGAGGUUCUAGAGAAGCAUCACGCACAAUAUCCUGGAGUAAGCAAGAGCAAAGUUUUACGCAAGAUCGAUAUUAGGCUUGUGCCCGUGUUGUGUGCUCUCUAUUUACUGGCCUUCUUGGAUCGAGUCAAUAUUGGAAAUGCAGCCCUAUUCAACCUGAGGCAGGACCUGAAGUUGGGCGGGAAUGAGUAUAACACUGCUCUCGUCAUCUUCUUUGUUCCCUAUGUAUUAUUCGAGGUCCCGUCAAAUCUACUGCUGAAGCGAUUUAAACCACACGUCUGGUUGCCAGCAUGUCUUUUCAUGUUCGGCCUCGUAACGGUAUUGCAGGGCUUCACCCAGAACUAUAGUGGCAUUCUUGUAACUAGGUUCUUCCUGGGCCUUUUUGAGAGCGGUAUGCUCCCAGGAUGUUACUACCUCAUUUCAAUGUGGUACAAACGCUCCGAGGCUCAAACGCGCUAUACAUUCCUGUUCUCAUCUUGUUCCUUGGCUGGUGCCUUUGGCGGCCUUCUUGCCAGUGCCAUUGGUAAGAUGGACGGCAUAAGGGGAUACCACGGUUGGAGAUGGGUUUUCAUCCUAGAGGGCCUGCUGUCCUGCGUUAUGUCGAUUUCUUUCUAUUUCCUUAUCUCUGACUUCCCAGAGGAAGCCAAAUGGCUCACUGCGGAGGAGAAAGCUUUUGUUCAUGCAAGAUUGCAAGAGGACGUAGGCGAUUCAGGUAUCAAUGAAAAAAUGACGGCCGGUCGUAUCUUCCGUGCUCUUAAAAAUUACAAAACCGUUCUAGGUGGCUUCAUGUACUUUGGAUUCAUCGUUCCCGCGUAUAGCUUCGUCUACUUUUCGCCGUCAAUUAUCCAAACUCUCGGUCACAGCAGUAUUCGAACUCAACUUCUUUCCGUCCCACCCUACGCCUGCGCCUUCGUCGUCGGCAUGAUUGUAGCAGCCCUCUCAGAUCACUAUGCGCACCGAUUCCUCUUUAUUAUCUUUUCAGCUUGCGUUGCGAUAGCAGGGUUCGCAAUCCUGUUCGUUGAGCACCAUAAUUCGAACUUGCAAUAUGGCGCUUUGUUCUUGGCCGCGACGGGGACGUACUGUGGGAUGCCAAUCAUUUUGUGCUGGUUUAGCAUGAAUGUCCGUGGACAUAUACACCGUGCAGUCGCAACCGGGUGGCAGAUUGGUUUUGGUAACAGUCAGUAUACUUUUCUUGAUGAUCCUGUUGAGUCAUCAACGCUUUGGCCUUUUUUUUGUUUAGUCGGUGGUAUCAUAGCCUCAUACGCCUUCCUUGCCAAAGAUGCACCAGAAUACCGAUCGGGGUAUAGCAUCUGCAUAUCCUUCGUCUGUCUCUCCGCUCUCGCGAGCUUCCUCUACUUUAUUGGCCUGACAGUCGAGAAUCGACGGCAGGUCGGUUCUAAAGGCGAAGAAGGCAAAGUCGAGGGUGGCGGGUCCGAGAAGGAUGAUGUGUUUGUGUAUCUCAGGUGAUAGAAUGGAGCUGUAUGGUAUACAAUGGGACAGUGUCGUCGUGAUGAAUGUAAAAAUACAAGGAGCGUAAAGUAUUACUGUACUACUAUCGCAGGGUCCAUUGAGAAAUUGGGCUUGACCGAACAUUCGUAAUACAAUCGGAAAGAAAUGAAACAACAUAAGGAACUGGACAGACGAACGGGAAGAGGAGGGAGGAAUUGGAAUGUCAUAGGAGUGAAAGCUAUUGUGAUGACGUAGAGAGAAAUUAUGGUAUCUUGCCUAUUAAUGGCUAGUAACAC